AUGUCGUCCAACAGCAUCAAGGUCGUCGCCCGCUUCCGGCCGCAAAACAAGUCCGAGCUCGCGGCGGGCGGUCAGCCGAUCGUGCGGUUCGAUGGCGACGACACCCUCACCGUCGACUCGCGGGAAGCCCAGGGCUCCUUCACGUUUGACCGCGUCUUCGACAUGAACAGCGCGCAGUCCGACAUCUUCGACUACUCCAUCAAGUCCACCGUCGACGACAUCCUCAACGGCUACAACGGCACCGUCUUCGCCUACGGCCAGACCGGCGCCGGCAAGUCCUACACCAUGAUGGGCACCAGCAUCGACGACGGCGAGGGCCGCGGCGUCAUUCCCCGCAUCGUCGAGCAGAUCUUUGCCAGCAUCCUCGCCAGCCCCGCCACCAUCGAGUACACCGUGCGCGUCAGCUACAUGGAGAUCUACAUGGAGCGCAUCCGCGACCUCAUGGCCCCGCAGAACGACAACCUCCCCGUCCACGAGGAGAAGAACCGCGGCGUCUACGUCAAGGGCCUGCUCGAAAUCUACGUCUCCAGCGUCCAGGAGGUCUACGAGGUCAUGCGCCGGGGCGGCAACGCCCGCGCCGUCGCCGCCACCAACAUGAACCAGGAGUCGUCCCGCUCGCACUCCAUCUUUGUCGUCACCGUCACCCAGAAGAACGUCGAGACCGGCUCGGCCAAGAGCGGCCAGCUGUUCCUCGUCGAUCUGGCCGGCUCCGAGAAGGUCGGCAAGACGGGCGCCAGCGGCCAGACGCUCGAGGAGGCCAAGAAGAUCAACAAGAGCCUGAGCGCCCUCGGCAUGGUCAUCAACUCGCUCACCGACGGCAAGUCGUCCCACAUCCCCUACCGCGACUCCAAGCUCACCCGCAUCCUGCAAGAAUCCCUCGGCGGCAACAGCCGCACGACGCUCAUCAUCAACUGCUCGCCCAGCUCCUACAACGACGCCGAGACCCUGAGCACCCUGCGCUUCGGCAUGCGCGCCAAGUCCAUCAAGAACAAGGCCAAAGUCAACGCCGAGCUCAGCCCGGCCGAGCUCAAGCUGCUGCUCGGCAAGGCCAAGACCCAGAUCACCACCUUUGAGUCGUACAUGGGCAGCCUCGAGGGCGAGAUCCAGCUGUGGCGGGCCGGCGAGACCGUGCCCAAGGACAAGUGGGUGCCGUUCCUUUCGCGCGACGGCAGCGCCAGCGGCCCUGCCUCCUCGUCCUCGUCCGCCCCGGCUGCCGCCGCCCGCAGCGCCGCCGCCGCCCCGGCACGGCCGUCCACACCGUCGCGCCUUGUGCCCGAGAGUCGGUCAGAGACGCCGGCGAUCUCGGAGCGCGCCGGCACGCCCUCGCUGCCCAUGGACAAGGACGAGCGCGAAGAGUUUCUGCGGCGCGAGAACGAGCUGCAGGACCAGAUUGCCGACAAGGAGAACCAGGCGGCGCUGAGCGAGAAGCAGCUCGCCGAGGCCAAGGAAGAGCUGCAGCUGGUCAAGGAGCACGACAGCAAGCUGGGCAAGGACAACGAGCGCCUGACGAGCGACGUCAACGAGUUCAAGAUGCAGCUGGAGCGCCUGAUGUUCGAGGGCAAGGAGGCGCAGAUCACCAUGGACGGGCUCAAGGAGGCCAAUGCGGAGCUGACUACGGAGCUCGACGAGCUGAAGCAGCAGCUGCUCGACGUCAAGAUGAGCGCCAAGGAGACGACGGCCGUGCUGGACGAGAAGGAGAAGAAGAAGGCCGAGAAGAUGGCCAAGAUGAUGGCGGGCUUCGACCUGGGCGCCGACGUGUUCAGCGACCAGGAGAAGACCAUUGCCGACGCCAUUGCCAGCGUCGAUGCCCUGCACGCGCUCAGCAGCACGGGCGACCCGGUGCCGCCCGACGACCUCCAGGCGCUGCGCGCGAAGCUGGUCGAGACGCAGGGCGUCGUGCGCCAGGCCGAGCUGUCGGCGUACAGCGCGCAGUCGAGCGAGGCCGAGUCGCGGCGGCGCGCCGAGCUGGAGGCCCGCCUGGUGGCGCUGCAGCAGGAGUACGACGACCUGCUGACGCGCCACCUGGGCCCCGAGGACGCCGACGAGCUGCGCGCGCGGCUCGAGGCGUCGCUGUCCGACCGCCAAGAGGUGCAGCAGAACCUGCUCGAGGACCUGCGGGUCGACGUCAACCGCAAGGCGAGCGAGAACGAGCGCAUGCGCGUCGUCAUUGAGGACCUGCAGCGGCAGCUGAAGGCGAGCGGCAGCGGCAGCGGCAGCGCGGCGAACGGCGCCAGCGGCGCCAACGGCGGCAGCAGCACGAAUUCGACGGCCGCGACCAUGGCCAACGGCAAGACGGUGGCGCAGCAGAUGGCCGAGUUCGACACGAUGAAAAAGAGCCUGAUGCGCGACCUGCAGAACCGGUGCGAGCGCGUGGUGGAGCUCGAGAUCUCGCUCGACGAGACGCGCGAGCAGUACAACAACGUGCUGCGGUCGAGCAACAGCCGCGCGCAGCAGAAGAAGAUGGCCUUCCUCGAGCGCAACCUCGAGCAGCUGACGCACGUGCAGCGCCAGCUCGUCGAGCAAAACUCGGCGCUCAAGAAGGAGGUGGCCAUUGCGGAGCGCAAGCUGAUUGCCCGCAACGAGCGCAUCCAGAGCCUCGAGAGCCUGCUGCAGGACAGCCAAGAGAACAUGGCCCAGGCCAACCACAAAUUCGAGGUCCAACUGGCCGCCGUCAAGGAGCGCCUCGAGGCCGCCAAGGCCGGCAGCACACGCGGCCUGGGCUCGCCGACCAAUGCCGUCGGCGGCUUCAGCAUCUCCGGCAGCCGCAUUGCCAAGCCGCUGCGUGGCGGCGGAGGCGACAGCGCACCGGGCAACCCGACCGUGGCGAACCUGCAGGCCAGCGAGAAUAAGAGAUCGAGCUGGUUCUUCCAGAAGUAG